AUGAAGUCCCUGCUGCUGCUGCUGUUGUGCGUCUUUUGGCCUGCGGCUGCGGAGCUAAAACCCCGGAAAGGCUCCGGGGUGUUUUGUACGUUCAAAGACAGGACCUACAGCCCAGGGGACAGCUGGCAUCCCUAUCUGGAGCCUUUUGGAUUCAUGUUCUGCAUGCGUUGUGUCUGCACAGAGACAGGCCAUGUGAAAUGUAACACGAUCAAGUGUCCGGCCCUGUCCUGUGAAAACCCCGUAGCUGAACCUCAGAGGUGUUGUCCAAGAUGCACAGAUGAGCCCCGGGUCCCCGCAGGACUGAGAGCUUCUGUCAAAUCCUGUAGGCAUAACGGGACUAUUUAUCAGCCCGGGGAGACCUUCACUAAGCACGACCUCUUCCCGUCCAGGCUCAGCAACCAGUGUGUGAUGUGCACAUGCUCUAAUGGAAACAUCUUUUGUGCUCUGAAAACAUGCCAGCCCAUCACCUGCUCCUCACCAGUUUCAGUUCCAGAUACCUGCUGUUUGGUGUGUAAAGAUCUUGGCACCAGUGGCUCCUCAUCAAACGAGGAUGGAAACCAGCAACUGAACAGAGGAGUUAGGCAUUCAGUGGACCGGUGUUCUACAGAGCAGGGCAGGGAGCGCUCUGACCGGGCCUCUCCGUCCAGGUUUAAGGCUUCACCCAGGAGCUUGAGUUUCAGCAAACUUAACCUUAAAGGAGGUUCAGAGACCACUGUGAAGAUUUUGUUGCAGAGGAAACACCAGAGAGUCUGUUUAUACAAUGGUAAGACAUACUCUCACGGAGACGUGUGGCAUCCAGUUUUGGGGAAGGUCCUGGAAUGCAUCCUGUGCACUUGCACCGAUGGCCUUCAAGACUGCAAACGCAUCACAUGCCCCAGCCAGUACCCAUGCCAACAUCCUAUAAAGUCAGCAGGAAAGUGCUGCAAGAGCUGUCCAGAGAGUAAAGCUGAAAGCAACCAGACCCAGUGCUAUAUUGGGUAUAAAAACAACCUCAUGGUGUAUAAAGUGGACUCAUCCUUGACAGUUGAUUCACCAAACACAGUUAGGAUCAUUGCUGUUGAAAGACAAAGUACUUCUGAGAUUGAAGUGCAAGUAUGGAACACCAUUGAAGGUGCUUUACAAAUAAUGGAGAUUGGCGACAUUCAAAGAAAAGACAUUAUGGAUCAUCCAGAAAACUACACACUGCUUACAACGCUUGAUGAAGGGAUGUGGAAAAGAUUUAAGGAGGAAGGAGGAAAUCUAAGCAAAGCUGCACAGGCCACAAUCUGUGAAGAAGGCAUUCGGGAAAUAGUGACGUUCCUAAAUCCCAAGCACACCGAGGACAUGUGCGCGCCCUAA